GUGUAAACGAAGUGAAAUAUUUAUGAAUAUUCGCUUUCUGUUUCAUAAUAAUAUUAUGUAUAAGCAGGAGUUGCUGCAAUAUAUACAGAAUUUUGGAUAUCAGAUUAACUGUACACGUUCUUUGAAACGAAGACUGUUUUCCUGGAAUCGAUAUUUUUGCGCAGUGCAUCGCAAGUAAAGGACCGAGACAUUAUUUUCUUUGUGAUUUGUAUACAAUACCUUCGGGUCUCGGUUCGAUGAGUCUCAAGCAGCCUGUGUAUAGUCUAUAGAAGCAAAGUACGGAAGUUUAAUUGGCACACAAUAAAUCAAAAAUGGUAGUUAAACACCGAUUCCUGCUUGUCUUCAUAGCUUGUUUACUUAGUCUCAACUCGUGCAUCUGCCAAGUGUGUUCGGGUGACAAGAUAGAGUCUGACUUCUGCUACACGUACAUUUCGCCUUCCGAUCCCAAACGCCAGUUGAACUGGGACGAUGCAGAUGCCGAAUGCAAAAAAAUGAACGCGCAACUUGUGACCAUUGACGGAGAUGAACUUAACGAUUUUAUCAAUUCAACAUUCAGAGAGUCUGUAAAUGCUGAAUUGUGGAUUGGUUUGAAGAAAUGUGGUAGCUCGUGGUGUUAUUUUAAUAAUUACACGGCAGCCUAUAGCAAUUGGGACGAGGACGAACCAAGUAAUUUCGGAGGAAUUGAAGACUGUGUUGCAAUGCAAAAAGAUGGAAAGUGGAAUGAUGUACCAUGUUAUCAUACGAAAUCUUUCGUAUGUGAAAAACACAUGAUAACACAAAAGGAAAUCAUUGCGAAGAUAGGGGAACUAAACAAGCAGGUGGACGAACUUUAUAGUGAGGAAAUAUCAAAUGAAGUACGAAAAGAACGUGCACAAGAGAUUAUAAAGGAACUGACAGAGCUCACAGAUCUUGAUAAAGUGGCGGGAGGAGAAAAUGGCGCUGACAAACAAAUUCUUAGUAACACUGUUGAAAUACUUCGAAAAAUCGUAAACUUAAAUAUUUCUGAUGGCAGCCUUAAAAUAUUAGAGCCUGCCAGCAAUAUAUUGGAUGAGAGAAAUGAUAAAUCAUGGAAACAUAUUUCGAAAAGAAAUGUAAUUCCAGAUCUAGUAACAACGUUGGAAAAUUACGGACACCAAAAUGGAAAGGAAAUAAGAAACAACACGAAUGGUUCCAUAAGUCAAAACGCUUCAAACGUACAGUUACGAGUCAGAUACAUGGAAAACACAGGAAAUUUUACGCUUGUGGACAGACGUUCAAAUUUCCCCAAUGCAUCCUUUAUCAUCUCGUCUGACGCAUUCUCUAAUAAGUCUGGAAGUCUUGCUGUGGUCGUUUGGUACAAGACAUUAAAUUCCUUUCUUGGGGAGAAAUUUCACACCAGCGAUGAUUCUGCGAUAGUAAACAAUAAGAUAAUCACUGCAAGUGUCCGACCUCAGUCAAAGAUGCCAAAUUUUACCCAGCCUGUGCAGAUCAUUUGGGACACAAAUGGAAAGAAUAACGAUGAAAAAUGCGCAUACUGGAUACCAGAGUCGGGUGAAAAUAGGUGGAAGACAGAUGGUUGUAUUAAAGUCGAAGAUCAGUCAGGAAGAAAUCGCUUGAUAUGUGAGUGCAACCACCUUACAGCAUUUGCUACAAUCGACAUUUCAAGAAAUUUGCUAAGCAAAGCUGAGAGAAAGGCUUUGGAGGUAAUAUCUACCAUAGGCUGUUCAAUAUCGUUGGUUGGAGUGUUGCUAACGAUAGCAACAUACGCUUUACUCUGGAAGAAUCUUCAUAAGAAUGUCAAGACAAAUAUUCCAUCCCAGGUCCUCUUAAACCUCUGUGUUGCGAUUGGAAUGACGGAUAUAUUUGCUAUCAUAGCUGGACCAGCGCAGAAAAAUGAGACAUUUUGCAUAGUUAUCUCCAUACUACUUUAUUUCUUCAUACUCGCUAUUUUUGGCUGGAUGUUUUGCGAAGGAAUCAUCAUUUAUUUACAACUCGUAAACGUGUACUCGGGCUUGGCUUUGGGAGGUAAACACCUAAAGGCCUUCUACGUGAUUGGUUGGGGAGUUCCGGUUGUCCUUGUCCCUAUAUUAGUCGGUGCAAAUGAGCGAAAAGAUUUUAUAACCGAUCGUGCCUGCUGGUGCCGUGGUGAUGGUCCGUUGUUUUGGACAUUUGUCUGUACGAUAGUCGUGGUCUUACUGAUCAACUUGGUUAUUUUCGUUUUGGCGUUAAGAAAUGCUUUAUCCUCCAGCCAAAUAAGAACCGCUCAUUCAGAAGCUGACACAAAGCUGAGAAAAGCAAAAAUUGGCGUCAAAGGUUCAGCCAUCCUUCUUCCAAUACUUGGACUAACCUGGGUGUUUGCUUUGUUGGUGUUCAAUCGUGAUGCAAUUUUCUUUAAAUAUCUUUUCGCGAUAUUUAACUCUCUCCAAGGCCUAAUGAUAUUCGUUUUUCACGUGCUGAUAAAUAAAAAGGUUCAUGACGCAAUCAGCAGUGUAAAGAAAUCACGUGAUGCCAGAAAUGCAAGGGACACCAAUGCCAAUGUCGCUUUAACUGUUGCAACAACUGAAACCAGCUCUACCAAAUCAAAAAUUCCAACAGUUUCUGUUUUCGUGGAAGAGGACAACAAAUCACUGGAUGGCGAAAAGUUUAUUCUCACUCCUUCGAAAUCUUAGUCAGUGGAAACAAUUUAUUACUCGAUGCAAAUUAUAUUUAGUUAUGUUGACGUUUUAAUAUGUAUGUUUCAUAUAACCUAAUUCGCACCCUGCGCGCACGGGAAGGUCUAAAUAGCGACAAACACAAACACGUUUUUCUAGUGUGUGAAAACUUUUGUUUUAGAUGUCGACUACUUUCAAUCUCCACGCCAUUUUGGUUGCUAAAUCAGCAUUAUUUUGAGCUCCAGUGUGUGGAAUCCUUUAUCGGACUUAUUUGGCUGUUGAUAGCUUUUAGUUGUCGAUCAUAAAUAAAUCGACAACUAAAUGCCUAGUCUGUUGAGGCCCAUAAACACGUUGAAUACCAGCCUAUCAGUGGUUUUACGGAACCACUUAGUCGCCUUCUAGUAUACAUAAUAUAUGAUGAGAGCAUGCAUUAGCUACGUUUAAGUGCCUCUCGAUCAUUGUUAAGAUUUUUGUACGUAGAAGACAAUAAAUAGCAUUCAAUGACAAUAGCAGAUACUUGACGACAAAUUAAUAAACGUGUUUGUAUAUAGGGUGUAUAAAAGAAGUGAAAUAUUCCUAAAU